AUGCUUCUUCUCUCAACAUGCGUUCUAGCCAUUGCCUCUGGUAGUACUUUCGCCAGGGCAAGUCCUCUAUCAAGACCAGCCAAAUUCGACUGGUCAUCAACCAAGGCCCUUUUGCAAGCUGCACUAACCGCAGACGAAAGAAUUGCCUUCGGUGACUCCUAUACUUAUGUCCAGGGAACCCAUGGGCAUCAAAAUUAUAGUUUCAUUGGCGACCAAUUCAACCUCGCCUAUGAUGCUAAGACUCUUCUUUCCAACAAGAUAGUCCAAAACCAAACCGCAACCGCAGAAGGCGGCCCUAACUGGGUCGAAUAUCUCACGAAUUGCGGCGUCCGCAAAGGCCUCACCUCACCCCAAACCUGCAAAAAGCAACUCUGGGACUUUGCAUUUGGAGGCGCCGACAUAUCAACCGAAUACACACCCCUUCACCACAACUUUACAGUCUCUUUAGUCGACCAAAUAAACCAAUUCAAGCAAUACGGCCACCCAGCCCUGACGCACCACCUACCAGGCUUCAAACGAGACAAAACCCUAAUUGCCGUCUGGAUCGGCAUCAACGAUAUGGGCGACAGCGCCAAAUACGCCGUCGACUUCCCAACCUUCUACAAAAGCCUCAUGGAUACACUCUUCGCAUCUGUAGAGACCCUCUACAGCCUGGGCUACAAAAACUAUCUCUUCAUGAAUCUGCCGCCGCUAGACCGCACGCCAGGGAACCAAGCAAAGGUUAACCCGAGUCCGAACGCUACACAGGUCGGGUGGUACAAUGACGCGCUGGCAGGCCAUGCGGCUGCAUUUGCGAAGAAGCAUAAGGAGGCGGAGGUCAUGCUUUUUGAUGCCCAUGCGAGACUGGCGGCUAUGCUUGAUGAGCCCCAUAAAUAUGGCAUCGUGAAUACAACGAACUUCUGUGCUGGGUAUGAUCAGCCUGAUAUUGCGGAUGAGUAUGAGAAGUAUGGGUGUCCGACAUCGUUGGAGCAGUAUUUCUGGUUCAAUUCGGGUCAUAUGACAAGCCAUGUGCAUGAGGUUUUGGCAGGGGGGUAG